GGUGUGGGUGGUGGUGGUGGGAGUAAAAGAAGAGAAAAGAAACGACAAUGAAGGCGAAACGACGACUGAAAGCAGAAGAAAAAAACGAAGAUGAUGACAUUGACGACAGAAUCAGCACUCUUCCGGACGCCUUACUACGCCACAUUCUGUCUUUCCUCCCUACCGACACCUGCGUUCGUACAAGUCUUAUCUCUCGCAGGUGGCGUUACCUCUGGAAGACUCUUCAAGUCUUCGAUUUCCACGAUUACUCUCAACACAAUGCCGAACUGUUUAUGUCAUUCACCGUUUUCGUCAACGCUGUCCUCGCUCUCCGUAGCUCACCUCACAUCCGGAAGUUCUGUCUCCUCUGUUAUGACUCCGAACCUAAAACCUUCUACACACACUCAGUCAAUGCGUGGAUUCGGACUGCCGUUGGGCCCCACCUCCAGGAAUUUCAUCUCAGGAUCGAGGGAGAUGACUUCACCCUUCCUAUCACUCUCUUCUCUUGCUCUAACCUACUCUCUCUCAGUCUCGAUGGUUGCAUCGAGUUCGAAUUGCAAGACUCUUCCGAGAUCUGUUUACCAUCGCUGAAGGUGAUGAAACUAGGAUACAACUAUAGCUUGGAUAUGAAUUCCCUGAAUAUCCUUCUUUCUGGAUGCCCCAUUCUCGAAACUCUGGAAAUUCUUUCCCUUGGUCUCGGUUAUGAUGAAUUGGUUAGUCUUCGGGUUCCAUCUUCCUUGAAGAGCUUGAAAAUCACUGUUGAGGUUGGGUAUGGGAUUUGCCUUGAAAUAGACGCACCUGCUCUCAAGUACCUUAGCCUCGCCGCUGUCACAUUUCUCAAUGCUGCUACUAUCGGCGAGAACUUGCACAACGUGGAAGAAGCAGAUCUUGACCUAUUUUCUCAUCCUGAUAGUGAAUCUGUUGAACCUUUACUCAAACUCCUCCGUGCUCUCUCUGGACUUAAACAUCUAGAGCUACAUAGCCCAACAACACAGUGGCUAUUUUCUUCCCCCAUUCUAGAUAUUCCAGAAUUUCACUAUUUAGUUUAUCUAAAGGUCUCUUUUCCUUCUUUCAACUUGAGUUUUCUGUUCGAUGUGCUUCAAAAGUGUCCUGUGCUACAAACUCUCAUAACAUACGAUGACCAGGAAGAUCCAACAUCAGUCACCGAUGAUCCAUCACCUUCCCAUGGAUGGGCGGUAAAGCCUAAGAACGUUCCGAACUGUCUCAUAUCACACUUGACCUUUAUUGACUUCCAAGACUAUGAAGGAAAUUCACACGAGCUGGAAUUUAUUGCCUAUGUUUUGCUAAAUGGGCUUGUUUUGAAGACAAUGCUUAUUGGCGGUUGUUGGAUGGACCAACCGGAGGAGUUGGAGAAAAAAAUUUCUGAUCUACCAAGGGGAUCUGCCAUUUGCCAAGUUAAAUUUGACUAUGAUGCAUCACCUUAAGCAUAUUGAGCACUUAAAGUACUACAUUAUAGCAGAAUGCAUAAAACCUGUUGCAAGCUUUACAUGGUGUCUUAUUUGGUAAAAGGAUUUAGAGGCAGCUUAUAUUUUGAAAUUACUAAUUGAUACCAAAAUCUUGUACAAACAUGAAUUGUAACAAUGUUAAUGUAUCUUUGGAUGUACUCAAUUUGUUUCAAAAUGCAUAGCAGGUACACCAUCCAAUUGGCGAA